ACCACCUGCUUUUGGGUCGCCUGGAACGAGAGUCCCUCCGUGUAGCUCCAAGAGGCUUUACAUUACACACACUCAUCAACACAGACUGAUUACAAUGGCUGGGACGGCCUCGGUAGCUGGUGAAGUGUUCGUCGAUGCUCUGCCGUAUUUCGACCAGGGGUACGAUGCUGCGGGGGUGAGAGAGGCGGCUGCAGCGUUGGUGGAGGAGGAGACCAGAAGAUACCGACCUACCAAGAACUACCUGAGCUACUUGCAAACGCCUGACUUCGCUACUUUUGAGACGGAAAUCAUGAGGAAUGAAUUUGAGCGGCUUGCGGCUCGGCAGCCCAUGGAUCUCCUGAGCAUGAAGAGAUAUGAGCUGCCAGCACCCUCAUCGGGACAGAAGAACGACAUUACAGCGUGGCAGGAGUGUGUGAACAACUCCAUGGCCCAGCUGGAGCACCAGGCCGUCCGCAUUGAGAACCUGGAGCUCAUGUCGCAGUACGGAACCAACGCAUGGAAAGUCUACAACGAUAACUUGGCCUUCAUGAUUGAGAUGGCUCAAAAGGAACUCCAGAAAUUCAGGAAGCAAAUUCAGGAUUUAAACUGGCAGCGUAAGAACGAUCAGUUAGCAGGAGGAGCCAAACUGCGAGAGCUGGAGUCAAACUGGGUGUCUCUGGUCAGUAAGAACUUUGAGAUCGAGCGGGCCAUCAUCCAGCUGGAGAACGAAGUCACUCAGCUCAGACAACAGCAGGGGGACGAGAACAAGGAGAACAUCCGCCAGGACUUCUAGAGCAGCAGCAGCAGCAGAUGUCACCCUCGUAGGACUGAUCUACAAUCAGAAAGAUGUCAUGUUGUUUAAUUAACUGACUGCACCAAGAAGCAACCUGGGGAGGGGAAGUUACCUGUAUGGAGGAGAUUUAACGUGAAACAGCUCAUGUUCCACUGCUUCAUCAAAUAACUUUGACAUUCAGAAGGAGCAGUCCAGAAACCUCAGUGACAACACACUUAUUCUAUAGUGAAACAGUGGGAAAUGUGGUAUAAUGCAACUUUUGAAGCCUACCUUUUUUUUUUCUCCCCACAAAGGUUAAAGAUGUUUAAAGCAAGACUAUGUACAUUUUUCAACAAGAUAAGUCAUCUUUCAAAUAGAGGGUUGAAUUCAUAAGCAAUAAAUUACAUCUUAUGGGUUUUGAUGAUUAAUGCUGGCAAAAUAGUGGUUAUUAUUAUUACGGGGUUGGUUUGCUGGCUUAAAGUUUAUUUUCUUCUAGUGCUACAGUCAUAAUAGCAUUAAAGGUUAUUCCAUUAUUGCCAUAAGUGACGUUUUUCAGAAAAAGGUACAUAAUCUUGCUAUGAAGUGUAAUUCAUACCAGCAUGUAGGUUUCAGUCUUUGAGGGUUUCUAGAAUUGAGUGUAAAUAGUUUGUCAAUCCUGUCAGAAGACAAAAUUAUCUCUGUGAGCCCUGCCGUGGUUCCAUGUAAUUUUUUUUAAUGAUGUUUUAUUAAAAUGAACAUUUCUUAUA